AUGUGGUUUCCCCACUGCAUCGUCAAAUGGCUUUUACAAACAUGGUUCUACAUUUUCGAUCGUUUUAUACUCUAUCGCAUUAUGCGGCAGCUUUCUCCAGCUUUCGGUAUACACUUCAUGAAUCUUGGCUAUUGGCCUACGAGGACUUCACUGAAAAACGACGUAAAAAUGAAAAAUCUCAUUGAAGAAUACUCCACGGAACUGGGCCUCAUUUCAGAUAUGGAUCGUCCCCAUUACUACUUAUAUGAGCGAGCACUUCUAUUUCUCGAUAACUACCCAAAUCUCGAUGAAAUGGAGAUCCUAGAAGUUGGUUGUGGUCAAGGAUAUGGACUGAAAUGGAUAGAAAGAGCCCAUCCCUUGAUCAAAGCAAUACAAGGUGUGGAUCGAUGUGCCUUACCGGAAACGACUGUGAUUUCCGGCGAUGCUCAUCAUCUGCCAUUCGAAGACAACCGGUUCGAUUUGGUGCUAAACGUAGAGUCUUCCCAUUUAUAUGCCGAUUGCGAGCAGUUUUUCCGUGAAUGUUCACGAAUACUGAAGAAAGGCGGAUAUCUUUGCUGGAUAGAUUUACGUUACGGAAUUGAGGUAAAGCAAGCGUUACGAGCAGGCUUUGCCGAGCAAUGUUGGGACGAUGUUACAGAUAAUGUUCUACAGGGUAUCCAUCGUACCUCAGUACGAUAUGAUCAGAUUCUCAAAAAGACUCCAUGGUUCGUACGGCUAUUCUCUACAUCUCUACGGGCAACAUACUGCGCACCUGGGACGUAUACUUAUGCAAGAAUCGCGAGCAGAGAAAAGGGAUACUACGCGGCCAUAUGGAAAAACCAAUAA